AUGGAAAUUCUCAUGUGGAGAAGGAAGCAUGGUUCAAAAUUUCGUCAAGCUUCCGAUUACUUGAAUUGUCGUUUAAGUGAAAUGAAGUCUCAUCUAGUUCUACCUUCUAAAUUUAAUCGUGACGCUUGGGAUUAUGAAUGUUUAUUGUGUGAUAACUUCGUUGCUGCCUCUUAUGAAAGAUGGGAUAGACAUCGAGUUAAACAUGACAGGUAUGUCUGUAAUAUUUGUAACGCAAAGUUUUACUGGCGAGCAGAAGCCAACAAAUGUGAUCAUCUUGAAAGAAUUGUUGAUGAAUCCGCAGAGAAGGCUUAUUACGGUACGAACUCUCCUGACUCCGAUGAAGAUGAUAUAGGAGUUGAUGUUGAUAUCGAUGACAGUAAUGACUACAGUGGUGAGUCUGAUGACGAUGAUGACCAAAUUGAUGGCGAAGGAGAAGAAGUAGUAGACAACGAAAGAGAAAACGGAGAUGAAAACGAAAAUAAUGACGACAACAGUGAUGAUGAUGAUGAUGAACAAGCUGAAGUGCAAGACGAGGAAGGCUCAGAACAUGAUGAUGAUGAUGAGGAAAACGAAUUUGAAGCUAGGUGGCCAGUUGAACAGGUAGACGCUGAAAGAAACACAGAGCAUCUAACUUCCACCACAGCGCAAAUUCGUUAUCGUAUGAAGAGGCAUGAAGGAGGCCACCUUUUCAGAUCUAUUCUAUCUAGAUACAAACUGAAAAAUUUGAAUUGUAUGACUUUGAAUGCUAUGUCGAAUAAAUAUUAA